GAGCAGUAGCUUAUAAACUGGCUGCAGUAAGCAGUCAUUCUCUCAGUGAAGGGAGAGAAGGGAGGGAAAGAGAAAUUGCUUUGACUGAACGGACCAGCACUCUGCUGACCUAACUGGACUGGGUCAUACUGGGAUGUGUUUUUUUUUCUUUUCUGUUUUUUUUUCUUUAUUGUUUAAGGCAUGUGUUUCUAUUGAAUUUUGCCAGGCAGGUCCAGGCUCAAAUAGACUGAAUUAGCGAAGUUCAACUCUUUCUGGGCUUUAUGUUGUUGGAUUGGGAGGAGUUCUCCUGCAGGUCUGGAGGAUUGAGAGCUAGAUAUGGAAUUCCCUGCUUUUUGCAUCCCUCUCUCUCCCUCCCUUUUUUUUCAUCCUGCCUUCAUCUUCUCUCUUACACUUUCACUGCAGACAUCCAGUGUUGAGCAGACAAAGGCAGCUGGCUUCUGUGCUUCUUUUUUGUUCAUGGGGAAUAAGGGAGGAAAGGGAGCUCCCCAUCUCUUUUAAUUCAUUUGCCUUUGGAAAAAGGAGAUGCUGGUUUGAGAAAAUACCAGCAGAUUUUUUUCCCCCUCACUUUAUCAGAGAGAGGACUUUUGGAUUAUUGCUGUUUUUAUCAUUUAACCUGACACUUCCUUAGAAAACGCACGACUCUAGUGCAUUUGUUCUUUAUUCUUGCCAUUUUUCUCAACGGUCCCCACGUCCCAUCCGCAUUUCUGCUGGUGGAGGCCGUGGUGGUGAAGCCGGGGUAGGCAUGGCGCAGCAGGGAGGCACAGGGGUGGCCCACCAGGACACCCUGGCAGUGCCGCCCAUGCCCAAACACUCCGGACUGAACGAAGACCUGGUGAAGAUCCUGCGGGAGAACCUGCUGCAGCCGGAGAGGCCGCGGGGACACCGGCGGUCGCCGUCCUCCAUCUCCCCACGCCUUUCUCCACGCAACUCGCCGCGACUGCUCCGCCGCAUGUUGCUCAACAACAACAUUCACAAGCAGAGGCGCUUCACUGUUGCACAUACGUGCUUUGAUGUGGACAAUGGCACGUCGUCAGGUCGAAGCCCCCUGGACCCAAUGGCCAGCCCGGGCUCAGGCCUCAUCCUGCAGGCCAACUUCGUCCACAGCCAGCGGAGAGAGUCGUUCCUCUACCGCUCGGACAGCGACUACGACCUCUCCCCCAAGUCCAUGUCUCGAAACUCCUCCAUUGCCAGUGACAUUCAUGGUGACGAUAUGAUUGUAACGCCAUUUGCACAGGUUCUUGCAAGCUUGAGAACUGUACGGAACAACUUUGGUACAUUAACCAAUCUACAGCAAGACAGAGCAUCUAAUAAGAGAUCACCCAUGUGUAACCCACCCCCUAUCACCAAGACCACCUUUACAGAGGAGGCCUACCAGAAACUGGCCACCGAGACCCUGGAGGAGCUGGACUGGUGCCUGGACCAGCUGGAGACGCUGCAGACAAGACACUCGGUCAGCGAGAUGGCCUCCAACAAGUUUAAGAGGAUGUUGAAUCGGGAGCUGACUCACCUGUCAGAGAUGAGCCGAUCUGGGAACCAAGUGUCUGAAUUCAUCUCCAGCACGUUUCUCGACAAACAACACGAGGUGGAGAUGCCGUCCCCGCAGACACAGAAAGAGAAGGAGAAGAAGAACAAGCCCAUGUCUCAAAUCAGCGGAGUGAAAAAACUGCAACACUCUUCCAGCCUCACAAACUCAAACAUCCCUCGCUUCGGCGUCAAGACGGAGACUGAGGAUGAGCUGGCAAAGGAGCUGGAACAUGUGAACAAAUGGGGCCUUAAUGUUUUUAAAAUCUCAGAGUUCUCUGGGAAUCGGCCACUGACAGUUAUGAUGUACACAAUAUUUCAGGAGAGAGACUUGUUAAAAACGUUCAAAAUUCCACUCGACACCUUUAUAACAUACCUGAUGACCUUAGAAGACCAUUAUCAUGCCGAUGUGGCCUACCAUAACAACAUCCAUGCUGCUGACGUCACCCAGUCAACUCACGUGCUGCUAUCCACCCCCGCCCUUGAGGCUGUGUUCACAGACCUUGAGAUCCUCGCUGCCAUCUUUGCCAGUGCAAUUCAUGAUGUGGACCAUCCCGGAGUCUCAAACCAGUUCCUCAUCAACACUAAUUCAGAGCUAGCCUUGAUGUACAAUGACUCAUCAGUGUUGGAGAACCACCACUUAGCAGUUGGUUUCAAGCUACUGCAAGAGGAGAACUGUGACAUCUUCCAAAACUUGACCAAAAAACAGCGACAAUCACUGCGAAAGAUGGUCAUUGACAUCGUGCUAGCAACAGACAUGUCCAAACACAUGAAUCUGCUGGCUGACCUAAAGACGAUGGUGGAAACAAAGAAAGUGACCAGCUCCGGUGUGUUGCUGCUGGACAACUACUCCGACAGGAUACAGGUUCUCCAGAACAUGGUCCACUGCGCUGACCUAAGCAACCCCACCAAGCCUCUUCAGCUGUACCGACAGUGGACGGACCGCAUCAUGGAGGAGUUCUUCAGCCAAGGGGACAGAGAACGGGAGAGAGGGAUGGAGAUCAGCCCCAUGUGUGACAAACACAACGCCUCCGUAGAAAAGAGCCAGGUUGGGUUCAUAGACUAUAUCGUCCACCCCCUGUGGGAGACGUGGGCCGACCUUGUCCAUCCGGACGCACAAGACAUCUUGGACACAUUGGAGGACAAUAGAGAGUGGUACCAAAGCACUAUCCCCCAAAGUCCAUCUCCAGCUUUAGACGAGCCAGAGGACGGCACUCGACCCCCAGGAGCAGACAAGUUCCAGUUUGAACUGACCUUGGAGGAGGACGGGGAGUCCGACACUGAAAAGGACAGCGGCAGCCAGCCAGAGGAAGAGGAGGAGGAGGAGGAAGAAGAGGAAGAAAACAGCUGUACUGACUCUAAAACACUCUGUACGCAGGACUCCGAAUCAACAGAGAUACCUUUGGACGAACAGGUGGGGGAGGACGAUGAUGAUGACGAUGAGGAGGGGAAUGCAGAAGAGGAGGGGGAGACCCCCUGCUCAGAGCCGUGUGCUGCAAAUGAAGAGGUGGCAGAGGACGAAGAGGAGGAGAAAUCCCCCGACACAUAGCAGUUAUGGACGGCCUUUGAUUAACUGCUCCUCUUAGUAAAGACAGAUUAUUAUUUAUAGAAUAUUUUUUGAGUUUUGUGAAAUCUGUUUUUUAUACGUCUGUGUUUCCAAAGCGUGCGCUGCUCCUCACCCUGGGUUACUCCUCUCGUCUUCUUUAUUUAGACACGCCCAUUGGUACUACUUCAAGUUUUUUUGCACUCAGGAAGAACUCCCUUUCAUUCCCAUUUGUACUGAAGUGGUGUGUCUUUACUUCCACCUCCUCCUUACAGUCUUUAGUUGUAGAUGCGGACGGUCUCUUCAGUGCUGCUCAUACAUCACAUCUGUUUCUGUUUUUUUGUUGUUGUUUGUCUUUUUUCUUGCAUCCGUCUCAGCCUCACCUGAACGUUCACUUGUGUCUUUAUGUUUUAUGAAGUGCCAAUAACUCCAAAGGGUCAGUUAUUGGUGAGAGUCUCCCUUUUAUUUUUAUAUAUCUCCCUGAUCAUGUUCUCCCCCUUCCACAAUAAAUUAGCAAGAAUGUUUUUGCUCAAAACCCGACAGGUCACUGCAGCACAUUUGGGAGCUUGUUAAGCCACAUUUGCGAUGUGGAAGUCUUCCUCCAUAACCUGACUGACAAAAACUAAAAUCUGAACCACCAUGAUGCUGUCCUAAACCUCUAGUUUUUUUUUUUGUUUGUUUUUUUUUUUUUUUUGUAUUGUAUGUAAGAUUCAGAUAUUUUCUAUUUCUAGAGUUUAAUUUUGCUGUCAGAGAAGUCGAGGAACCUUGUAGAAACGUAGAGGAAGACAUGUGUCAGAUGCGUUUGAAGGCUGUUCAAAAGAGCUCCAACAGCAUUUAUACUCCUAUACCACUAUACUUGUAUUCAAUUAGUUCUGUCUUAAAAUCUGUAUUUUCUUUUUAGUAACUCCUACUUUUAGAGAAAAUCUCCUCUGGGAAGGAAGCAGAAACCUGAGGUCUUGUGCUUUGCUUCUCAUUUGAGUCGUUCAUAACAUGGAGUAAGCCCUUAAAUGUUUUUAUUGUUGCCUAUAGUUCUUUUGAACACAUCCUGAGACAAUGCAAUGCUUUGUAGUUAUUACAAAAAGCACCUUUUUUAGAGGUUUGACUAGUGCUCCAAAUGUUUAGAAAUAGUAAUGGUGUUGAAAAUGACUGGAGUGAUUUUAUAACAAAGUAAAGAGAAAUUAGUUUUAUUUUCUUAGCUGUUUGGCUUGGUUUAUACAUCAGCACCUGCUGCUUAUCUUUAGCCUUCAACAAUUCAUUUUCCAUCCAAUUCCUGCCAUUAACUCCAGUUUACUGUCUUUGCUUUCAACAAGACAAUCAGCUGCACAGCAUAAAUAUCAGAUAAGACUAUUCUCUACAUUGAUACAGGUGCAUCUCAGUAAAUUAGUGUAUCUCUGAAAGGUUCAUUUAUUUCAGCAAUUCAAAAUGUGAGACAGUAAUAAGCUUAAUGUGUUUAUUUCAGUUACUUUUGUUGAUUACAUUAACAAAAGUAAUGUAAUCAACAU